AUGUGUUCAUCAACUAAUAUUGAUGAACAUUUUGAAGCCCAUUUAACUUUGUAUUUAGAAAAAGACUUGAUUGGCUCAUUUGACAAUAUUUACCUUCUUUAUAAAAUUUUUCUUUCUAUUCCAAUGAGUUCUGCUUCAAGUGAACGUUCGUUUUCAUCUCUUCGUCGCCUCAAAACAUUUACAAGAAACACGAUUGGCCAAGAAAGACUUAGUAGCUUGGCUAUUUUACAUAUUGAAAAAACUUUUGAAAUUAACUUUGAUACAAUUAUUGAUCAGUUUGAUGCAGAUUCAACAGAAAGAGGUAGAAGACUUCAAUUGUCAUAG